AUGGGGACUAUGGAGGAGAUACAAGAGACGGAAGUUGAUCAGGCGGAAGGUGCAGAGGAAGGAGGCAAUGACACCGUGGUGGCCAACGGCAAUCCCUCCAAUCCGCAGACUCUGUUUCUCGAAUACCUCAAGUCCCCCAUCGUCCAGCUGAUCGUGGGCGCCGGCGAUGACGCAACCACAUUGACUGCCCACAAGGCCAUCCUCGAAAAAUCCCCCUACUUCAGCGAGAUACUCUCGGUCCUUGACGACGACGCACUCACGAUUGAUCUGCCCGACGAGUCUUUAGAUGCAGUGGGGUGUUUCCUUCAAUACCAAUACACCGGUGAAUACUUCCCUCGACGCCUUGCAGACUCGCCGGAGGGGCUGGAAUUGGAUCCUUCAGUGCCCGCCAUUGACAACACCGGCGCACAGCUCCUCAAACAUGCUCGCGUCUACACGUUGGCCCAGAAACUUGGAUUGCCUGACCUCAAGACGCUGGCGCAUUCCAAGAUCCAUCGCAUCAACUCAACCGCUGUCGGUGAGAUUGCAUACGCACGAUUUGUCUAUGGCAAUACGCCAGCAGACGAUGUCACGAUUCGCAGACCCGUUGCCGCCUUCUGGGCCACCCGAUCACACAUCUUGCGCCACGAAGCCGAGGACGAAUUCAAAAAGAUGUGCCUAGAGUACCCGCAAUUUGGCUUUGACGUCCUGAGUUUGGUGCUAGAUCAGCGAGAGAAGAGAGCCAAAGAGCGAGAGGAGGAAAGCACCCCAGGAGGAACGAAAGGCAGAAAGAGGAUGCGCCCCAGCGUCAACAUUUAG